UUAUAAACAGAUUUUAUUUGAUACUCUAAAAUAAUAAAAUUCCUUUUGAUGUGACAAAGACUUAAAAAAAGAACCCGCAAACAAACAAGGUCUUAGCCUUUUCCGGCCGUAUGCUACAAACUAUGUGCACGGGCACUGUGUGAACGAAAUUAUGUCUGACAACACUACGGAUAAAUUCUGUUUUAGUAACACCCUAUGAAUAUGGCCACUGGCACUGAGGUGGCACGGCAAGAUGACUGCACGAUGAGUCACACUUUACACUGGAAAUGGACAAUUCUCCCUUUGAGGCCACAAUCCACAACCCAGCCAGCCCAAGGUGUAGCGCCGCCGGUCUACUUGCAGGUUGCAGCGAAAAGGACACUUCAAUCUCGCCACUAGCAAGCCAAAGAGAGGCCGUCGAUGAUCUCGAGAUCCCCAGAUCUCUUUAAUUUCCGCGGCGUCGUGAGCCCACGACACCUCCGCUCCUUCCACCACCGCCACCACCCGCCGCCCCCUCCCGCCCCCACCAUGUCCGACCUCCGCCCGCCGGAGCACCAGGUCGCCGGCCACCGCGCCUCCGCCGACAAGCUGGGCCCGCUCGUCGACGGUUCCGGUCUCUUCUACAAGCCGCUCCAGGCCGGGGACCGCGGGGAGCACGAGCGCGCCUUCUACGAGGCCUUCUCCGCCCACGCCGCCGUCCCGCCCCGCAUCCGGGACGCCUUCUUCCCGCGGUUCCACGGCACGCGCCUCCUCCCCACCCAGGCGCGCCCCAGGGACCCGCACCCGCACCUCGUCCUCGACGACCUCCUCGCGGGCCUCCGGGCGCCCUCCGUCGCCGACAUCAAGAUCGGUGCCAUCACGUGGCCGCCGAGCUCGCCGGAGCCCUACGUCGCCAAGUGCCUCGCCAAGGACCGCGGGACCACCAGCGUCCUCCUCGGCUUCCGCGUCUCCGGCGUCCGGGUCGUCGCCCCCGGGGGCGCCGUGUGGCGCCCGGAGCGCCAGGAGCUCAAGGAGCUGGACACCGCCGGCGUCCGCCGCGUGCUCCGGCGCUACGUGUCGUCCGCUCCCGGCGAGGGGGCGGACUGCGCGCUCGCCGCGGCGGUGUACGGCGGGGAAGGUGGAGUCUUGUCGCAGCUGCGCGAGCUCAAGGCGUGGUUCGAGGAGCAGACUCUGUUCCACUUCUACUCGGCCUCGAUUCUUCUGGGCUACGAUGCCAAUGCAGUGUCAGCCACCGGAGUUGGGGGCGGGGUGAGGGUGAAGCUGGUGGACUUUGCUCAUGUCGCUGAGGGUGAUGGGGUGAUCGAUCACAACUUCCUGGGCGGGCUCUGCUCGCUGAUUAAGUUCAUUUCUGACAUUGUUUCGGAGGCUCCUGAGACGCCGCCAUUGGCUCCUUAACAGGCGGAGAUCUUGGCAUAUGGGAGUUGAUGACAAAGGCGUAAAGUUUUGUUCGAAAAGGAAACCUCCGAGCUGCUGGUUGUGGAAAUGCGAGACUCCUCAGCUCAGCCCGGUUGGCCUUCGCUGCAAACAUACGGCAACCUGUACCUAAUCUUCUGAAAUACUCUGGGGAUCGAAUACGUUGGAUCUGAUUGCAUAAAGAAAACCUAGAGGUCACCACUCUCCUGGUGAACACUGAGACGCGUGCAAUGCAGGCGUUCUGAUCCAAAAAACAUCUUGCCGUGCCUGUCCCUGCCCUAGCAUAUCUUGUUGUUUGGUUUCUCUGAGGCGAAGAUUGCAUGCACGUGACGGGGCAGUGCCAGCCUUUGAGUAGCUAUUUGCGUUCUCUGUUCCGAGAUCUCUCUGACCUACUGCCACCCACGAGCUAAGCACGCUGCGCUUAAAAAA